AAUCGCGGGUAUCGAAACAGCUGACCACAUUGAAAGUUCUUUUAAAAACAAGUGCUUUAUUUUUAUGUAAUUGUAAAUAUUUACUUAAAAUAAUAUGGCUCUAGCAAAGGUCUAUGACGCCGCAACCGUGUUCAAGCACCUAAAUGGUAUCAUAAAUGUGUACAAGCCCGCCGGCAUGAAGUUAAAGCAUGUACGCAACGCUAUAAUUGGCAAUAUUGCCAAAGGGCUAAACGAAAUGGAAUUAAGAGAACCGCGUAAAUUGGCAAGGGAUACUCCACUGUUGGGCACAGGAACUGCUGCCGACAGCGUACUGCACAACAUUGCCUCGAAUACAGAUUUAUCAGAUCAUAUUCUGGCUGCUGGACCACGAUAUAUGCCGCGGGAUGUUCGUUGUGCAACAGUUGCAACGCUUGGGGACCAUACAAGUGGUGUUUUAUUAUUUGGCAUAAAUGAUGGACUGAAACAGUCCAUUCACAUACAGCGUAAUCGCCCCAUCCGUGUAUACCAUGUGACAGCUCGUAUGGGAACUGCCACAGAGAACCACAUGCCUGACUCACGAGUCACAGUACGCGCCAACCAUCGCCAUGUUAGUGCGGAUCGCAUAAGUGGCCUGGCGGCGUCCUUGCAAGCGUCGCACCAACGCAAAAUGUAUGAAAUGUGCGGCGUUGAUUUGCAGACGCAGGCUGCAUACGAAUUGGCUUGUAAAGGGCUCAUCCGGCCAGCUGAUAACAGUCAACCAGUGCUAUAUGGAAUAAAACUGAUACAUUUCGAGAGGCCGAACUUUACACUUGAGUUGCAUGCGAUCAAUGAAAGCGAGCAAUUUAUUGCUGCUCUUAUCCAUGACAUGGCUAUAGAACUGAGAACAGUGGCUCACUGCUCACAACUGCGAUGUGUUCGUCACGCACACUUUGAUGUGACCGAUAGCUUGCUGCGGCAUGGCUGGCAUCUGCCUGGCAUUGUCAAAAAUCUGAGACGACAGCGAGAGAUUCUCGAAGCGAAUCCGCAGUUGCUGGAGCAGGAGCGUAUCGAACUGCAUGCAGCCUCAUGA